GAUGGCGGCCGGUUCCCUUUCUUGGGAGAAGCCGGCGCCCACGUGACCUGGGGGGAGGAGAGGACCCUGGUCCCCCGGCAGGACCCGCCGGCUGGGGGGGGGGCUGAACUACAACUCCCAGCCACAACUCCCCGGCCCCGCGCCAGGCUUGCUGGAGGGGAGCCGCCUCUUGGGGGCCGCAGGGUCCCCCCCCCGCCUGGCCCCCAGCAUCCCUCGAGGCUCAGGGGGGCUGGAAGGAAGCCGCCUUGCUCCAGGUCCGAGCUGGAGGGCUUCCUGGCUGGCCGCCCCCGGGACAGGAUGCCGGACUUGGGUCUGGCCCGGCGGGGCUCUGGCGUCUUCCUCCAGUCAGACAGCUGUGCUGCUGGGACUGAGGAGAGGCAUGGUCCCAAUAUCUGGAGGACACCUGGUUGGGAAAGGCUGGUCUGCUUCGUGGCAGGACCUACAGCUGCUUCCCAAAAUAAUAACCUCAAAGGGCUAACAAUGGCAUUGUCACCUGGACACUCCAAGGAUGGCUCCUGUUGCUCCCACCAUGUGGCCGUGCCAAGUGUUCACCAGACUCUGGAGGAGAUGGAUUUUGAGAGAGGGAUUUGGUGUGCUGCUCUGAAUGGAGACCUUGAGAAGGUCAAAAAACAGAUCCUAAACCGCAGUAAUCCCAGCGAGCCAGAUCCCUUUGGAUACACAGCUUUGCACUACGCCAGCCGCAAUGGCCAUUAUGACGUCUGCCGAUUCCUCCUGGAGAGCGGAGCUGCCUGCAACGCUCAGACCCAUGGCGGGGCCACCCCUCUCCACCGAGCCUCUUACUGUGGGCACACGGAGGUGGCUGAGCUCCUGCUGACCUACGGGGCUGAUCCAGCAGCCACCGAUGACGACGGGAAGACCUGCUUGCACAAGGCAGCCGAGAAUGGACACGGAGACCUCUGCCUCCUCUUCCUGGAGCGCAACUCUGACCUGAGACGCCUGCAGGACAAGAGCCUGCGCCGCGCCUGUGAUUUGGUUCCUGACACGAACGAGGACUUGAGGAAGCUUCUGGAGUAGGGAACUGAUUGUUGAGGAGACGAGGUGCUCUCUUAAGCAAACAUUUCCACCAUCCUGCUAACGUCCUCUGGUAUUACAAAGGCGUGUGUGAACCAAGUCCACUUGUGACCUGUAUCUGUGUAGGAGGUGUAAGCAGUCUCACAGUUCUAAUUGCUCCUCUUCAAGGCCUGGCCUAGAUUUUGGAGCCACCAAAGUAAGAGGGGGCCCUGGCUGUGACUCUGGGAUUAUGCUGGGGUCCCUGUGGUUGCUGAAGGAGAGUUUGUGGGGUUUGGGAGGGCUACUCCCACCCCUAAAAGCAGCUGGAUCUUGGGAAUGGCCAUUGCUCAGGUGUUAGGCAGGUGGGCUUCCUCAGUCAAGCUCCUUCAAUCGGCUUACGGUGUCUGUCCCUGGAUUUGGGGCUCUGGGAAAAGUAUCUGAAGAAGGGUGCAUGCACACGAAAGCUCAUACCAAUAACAAACUUAGUUGGUCUCUAAGGUGCUACUGGAAGGAAUUUUUUUAUUUUGUUUCGAUCUUUGGUUGAGUUUCCACCAAUUUUUCUUCUAAUUUCUUCAUAACUGCAGCCUUCUUCACUUAAUAGUACUAUUCUACAUCACCACCUGGGUGACUAGUCAACUCUUUGCACCAUUUCUUUAAUUUUAUUAUGUUUUACAAGCUCACUAAAUGAAAGAACAAAAAAACCCCCAACCAACCUGAUAGCAAUCACAUAACAUACUGACAAAUGUCCUCCUUAUUUAUGUUGUAAUAAAUAAUCCUUCAUAAAAGUUAUUGCACUACAUUCUUCAUUAAAUUAUCUUUCCAUUGAUACAUAAUUUUAUGAUAUUACUCCAAAAAAGUAGUGUUGUGAGCCAUCAUUGCCAAAACAAGAUGACACCUGAUUGGCUCUCUAAACACUUCUUUUUCUGGUUAUCUGGCUAUAACUUUUGAUAAUUAAACAAACAUUGUUGCAUU